AUGAACUAUAUAAGAAUCACGUUUAAGGAUCUUGCUACAGUCACACCACCGCAUUCGAAGAUGCACAGCCAAGUUCUAGUAUUAUUAAGUUUGUUUUGUGCGGGAUGGAGUCGCGACAUAACGCUCGGUAACACGGAAGGAAGAAAAAUCUUCGAUGAAGUAAGGCAAGCGAAUCCCGCUCUGUGGAGACAAUUCGAGAAUGUUACGGUCAUUGCACCGGAAAACGAACUUAUAAGUAAUGUAGUUAUCACGGAUAUGCGACCAGAAAAGGAUGGCGAUGUACAAAUAGUUGACGGUGGAGACCGGAAGAAGUCGGUUACUAUUGAGCUAAAAAGUCCCACUGUUUUAAGAGGUUAUGAGUUCCAUAUUGAAGUCUACUCUGUACCAGAUACCGUAGCCACAGAUGCUGAAGAACAAUUAAAUAAUGACAUGCCAACAAUACAGAGUAGCGAAUCUACAGUGCUACCUGAUAGUGCAAGUAUAGAUGAUACUCAUAAUGAUGAACCCGUGCAAGGAAAUGGGACCACGGAAAUGCCUGAUGAAGAUGAUAAAGAGGGUCCAAUUGCAGUUAAAUCCGAUAUAAACACUGAUAGCAACAGACCACCUCGUGAAACUGAAGAAAAUAUAUCACUAUCAGAAAUUCCCGAAGAUUACACAACAACUAUUUCGUACAAAACAAGUAGCAGUUCUGAAAGUGAUGAAUCUAUAACAAUGGAGCAAGAGGAAACAACUGAACUACCUGAAACUCCAGGUAUUUCUACAGCGGGAGUAGUUAACCCUGACAGUAUUAGACCAGCUCGUGAAACUGCGUUUGGAAGUUCUGUAAUUGCAAGUGCUCCGCCAGUUACAAACUCUGCUGAAGGUGGUGAAGCAACAACCGAGGAAAGCGCAGCAAGUGGAACCCCAGAAACUGAAGCAACAGAAAGUGCAGUUAUAGACGUCACUACAACUGAAGCUGAAGUUACGACAGCAUCGGAUGAAUAUUCUACAUUUACACCUAUAGCUUAUGACAACAGUAAAAACAUACCCGACUACCCUUCUCUAAAUAUUUUAGACUACAUCAAAAAUAGAGAAACGCUCAGACCUAUACGUCAUACGGAGGACGAAAGUGAAACAGAAGAUGAAUCGCCUCAACCAUCAGUUCAACCCGAUGAAAAUACCUAUGAGACUACUUCAUUAGCGGGAGAAACUAGUUCUAUAAAUCCAGAGGACGAGACUGUGGACUUAGUUCCACCUGAAGUAGAUGCUAGUUAUAACAGCGAUUUUGAUAGUUCAGAAACUACAGAGCAUACUGUAGAAGACUCUGCAAUGAAUACUGCACCUAGGGCUGGACGUGGUAUUAACUUUGAUAGUGAAUUUCCAGAAGAAAUCACUACGACGUCUAUGAACACCGAGGAGGAAUCUACUCCAACCCCUACGUUUUACUACACAACGCCAACAUUCUAUGAAGAUCAUACUACCGAAUUAUUAGAUGACCAGUUAAGAAACACCCGUGGUGCUAGAAAGGAAUACGGAGAUGAAAAUGAUAUCAAUAUAUCAGAAGAAAUACCGCAAGGCACGAGUCUUCCAAAUGAAGAAAGUAUACCUUCAGAAGCAGUAGAGGUAAAACAGCCUAAUAGAAAUAUAAUAAUAGUAAACUUGGAUGAGCUAAUAGCUAGAGAUGAAAAUAGUAAAUUCAUUUACGCUUUACCGAUCGUCCUAGUUAUAAAUGGUGAAAAUAAAUAUCCUAUAAUUAAAAUCAUUGCGGAGGACGCGUCUAACGAGAGCGAUAAUAUGGAUAGCAAUGUAUUAUAUCCAACUCAACCAUCAGAUGAAUCUUUAGAACCUAAUGAUCCAACAAAUCCUUCAAAUGAAUCUUUAGAGCCAAACGAAUAUGAUUAUAAAAGCAUGGAUAGUGUAAGAAUAAAGAAAGGCGAUUAUAUGCCUUCGGGUGAUUAUGAACAAAGUCAAUGA